UUAUUGCCGUGAGAAGUGAGAGAGAAACAGCUCAGCACAGACAUCUCCUAAAGAGCAGUCAGUGCCUUUGUGGGGUGAGGAAGACGCACACUCCAGGCUUCCUCUGCAGCACUAAGGGUUAGAAACCUAAUAUUGUAAUGAGAGACUGAAGCCUGGCAGAAGCACACGAGACCACCAGAGAAGUGCUGACAUUAUUUGCUACUGUAUCCUGGCUUAUUGCGACCCCUGAACCUGUCUCCGCACACAGACUUCCAGGACAGGCCGUGAGGAGCGCUGCAGCCAAUGACAAUAAUAAGAGGAAGUCAGGAAGUCAGGCAGACUGAGCGUCGUUAGCCAAGGUGGAAUUUGUCCUGGGUUAGCAAGCACCCUCGUCUCAUUCAGGACAUCUUGGGUUUCUGAUGGCUGGCGAGCGAGACCACUGUGAGCAAAAGUUCACCUCUGAAGAGCCAGAUAGAAUCUUCCAUGUCACCAUGGGAAAUGUUUGCUCCCCUCAUAUUUCUCGUGAUUAAAAUGGCAAUGGUCUUAUGAGCAAACAGACCUGGGCUCCUGUCUGGCUGAUUGCCAUACACAUUUUUCUGGAAAGCAGCCCCAAAGUGCUCACCACCCCAACAUCUCUCUCCUGUUUUUGUUUCCCAGCUUGCAAAACACAACGUGCAGUAUGGCAGGGGCUUAGCUCCCAGUGCUGGUGUUGGCUUGAGUGUGGAGGUGGGCAGAAAUACUUGCUAGAAUUGCACUGAGCCCUGCUUGUAGUCUAGAACAAGGAGGAGAAAAGCCGGAGAAGUGGAUGGGCAACACCACAGCAGCAAAAUGGCUCUCCACGCUCUCCUCUUGCCCAACCGAUGCUCCCACCCUUAUUUUUGAAGUCAGUUGAGGCUUUGGUGAAGGCAAGGGCAGCCCGCAGUCAUGUUAGAUAUUUGGUGAGAUUGGGACUAAAAGGGGCAAAGGAAGGAAGGAAAUGAUGAAAUCGUGCAAUAGUCCAGAGGUUUCCAGACUCUUGCGCCGUCUGGACCACAUCCGAAGCAAAAGAUCCUCUCACGGACAUUUUCUCUCCCAUUUCUGAUCAUGCAACAUUUCUGUGGCAACUGUAGCAAUUCCAUACAUGAAAAAAUAAUAUUUAGCAGAUGGAAAGUAAGGAAGAAAGUCAAAGCCCUGUAAUUAGCUUGUUCUCCAUGGAGUUGCAGAUACCUUCAGAGCCCGUGCAGAGAGCCGUGGGCAGAGCCAUGCCAAAAGGAGAGAAAACUUCACAAGCAGGAGAUUAGGAAACUGAAGCAAUCAGAGCUGAUGAUCAAGGAGCUGUGGAGAGUUUUUUAACCAUUCUGUUUCCUAAACCCAUCCACGUGAUUUCAUCUCUUUAUCAAGCCCUCCCUUCAGUUUGAAGGUAGCUUUUGCUGUUUCUGUGUAUUUUGUCCCAAGGCCUCACAGAAAGGCUGGGCUUCCAGUAAAUACUUCAUUCUUUCUGCUUCAUCCCCUCCUUCUCUCUGUCUGGCAGUACUUUGAUCAGGAGGCCUCCAGCGUUCGUAAGCUUGGGAGAAGGAAGUCUGGCAUAGAAAAUGUGCUGUGGAACAGAGUAUUGCAAACAGGACAUGGCUCAUACAGAUGAGGGACUGCAGGAGCUGUGUAGGACCAAACUUGAGGGUAGCAUAAUCCCCAUGAGCCCUCCUGUAUGUGUGGGAAACGCUGCUUUUGAAGAUGCCUUUGUCAGCUUGAGAGUCUGAGAUCGAAGAGGCACAGUGUGCAGUAUUCUUGCUGAUGGGACUUGCUAGUGGCAGCAGGAUUUAGAAGGCCUAAGUCACUCUGGGACACAUGCAAAAGUCUGUAAUAACAGUAUCUGCAUCUGAGUUAGUCAUGAGUUAGUCAAGGAGUGUGGGUUUUGGAGUUAGAACUGCAUGCUUUCCUGGUGAUGGCUCCCCGCUCCCCAGGCUGCUGCUCACCUGGAGACUGCACGAGUUGCAACAGGCAGUUUCCUAAUGAAGGAAAUGCAAACUGUGCUGCUGACUCUCCCCUGACUCAGGACAGAGGCUGCUUGUUGCCUUUCGUGCUCCCGAGCUCCGCUGUGGGAGCUUCAGGCGGCUUUGCAUGACUUCCUAACCAACCUACAUGGUAUCAUCCACCCGUGAGCGCUCUUUCCUGGCUCCCUGUCACAGACAACCUUUCCUUAUAAACAUCUGGCAUUUAUUUGCUGUGCUGCUGGGAGCUCCCCUUUGCUGUUAUUGCUCGAAGGGCUGUAACGCUGUGCAGUCACAUACCAGACACGGUGCCGUCAUGUACCACUCCGACACCAGGUACUCACGGGAGACCUGACACGGCUCAGCCCCGACCUUGGGCUCUUCCUGCUCAGGCACCAGCCACAGCAGAGCCAAGAGAAAUGAACUCAGCUUUUACCUCAAACCAUGAGGGAGAUCAGCCUGGGCUCAGCUCUGGAGGAAAGCAGCAUUUAAGGGACUAAAAGCAGAGGAAGGCUCAGCGUUAUGUUUUCCAGCAGCCACAAAGGAAUCCCAGGGCAAGAUGCUGACACCAGGAGUUUUGUUCACUGCCGGCACACAGAGAUAGGCAAACAUUAGCAGGACUGAGAACCCGCCUGAAACCCUGGAAGAAAGCAGUUUCCCAUAAUAUAUCAUGGACAAAAUUUAAAAUCAAGCAGCUGUUUAGCGUUUGAUCCAUCUGCAAGGGAUGCUUUUGCAAAGCAUAUAUUGCUCUUCCAUUUAUCAAAACAUGGGCUGCAUGGAAAGGAACGCUCCCCGCACCGAACAGCCCCACAGAGGGAAGUGGCUAAACUUCCACCAAGGAAUGGUUUGAUCCCAGGCAGUAAUGUCGGAGUUUGGGUUGUACAGCCAAAAGAGCCUUUGUGUACACCCGGAAAAACAAAUAGAGUGAAGUGCCUUCCCUUUCCAGAGAUUUCAGACUACGUUCACACGCGCUGGGGCUGAACGUGGGGGAAGGCACGAAGAGGUGGCACUGAUGGGGCCCGUGUCUCCAGCUGCAGAAACCAGAAAACCAGGUUUGUGUCUGCAGACACAGUCAGCCAUGGGCAAGAAAACUCUGUUUUACAUAAGGAAACCCCAAACAUUGCUGGAAACAGAACUGAGAGAUUAUUAUCAUGUCAUUUUUGCAAAAUACAGAGCAAAAGCUACAUGACUGCUUAAGCCAUAAUCAUCAAGGUCCUUUAGCAAUGAGCUGCUGUCUUACAGAUCUGCACAGCCUUCAGUUUUGGUGACCAGGAAUGCAGAGGGGGGUGGUUGUUUUUUUUUUAAUUGCAUAGUUAAAUUUCACUGCAAGAGGCAGCAAACUGCCUUGUAGGUAAGUGGCAGAAGAAAAUUGCCACUGGUCCUGUGCUCAUGUGUUUACAAGGCUUUGUCCAGUGUCUCCUGACCCACAGUCAUUCCCAAAACCACUGUUGGGAUCGCUCACACCCUGACAAUGUGCUGGGAAGUAACUCAAAGGGGUAGAGGACACUGAACACAGCUGCUCGUAUGUCUUCUUCCAGACAUGCUUUUUCCUGUGUCAGCUCGUGUUCUCACAUUUUUCUGUUGCUUCUGGACAGGACUGUAUUUUCAAGUCUAAGAGAGUUGUGUUUCAGAGUGAUAACUCUAUAAAUAAGUAGCUAACACCCAGCUGACUCUGGUCAAGAAAGAGAAAAACGUGACAGUUGGCUACUGCAGGAAGCCAGUUCCCAGGACCUGGAUUUUACGAAGUGUUGGAAAUUGAGAGUACACUUAGUUUUGACUGGAGGUUCUUGUCCUUCUUUUGCUGCCUAAAUUGCAGUGUGCGAUUUCUGUCGUGAGAUUUGCUGGUUUGUCAUAUAUGCACACGAACUGGUGGCUCACCCAUGUUCUUAAAGACAGGUUUGGGCACACGCAAAUGCACUUUCCUCCCUUUUUAGCUUUCUUUCUCCCCCUCAAAAUCCCUGGACACUUGUACCACAGCACAAAGCUGCUGCUGUGGCACACUUUAUUUGUGCUGUUUUAUAACCUUGCUUUUGGUCAGUUACCAAUUGCCUCUGAUUUUGCCUUAAUUGCCAGGGAGACAAAGGUGCGAUGGGGAUCCCUGGGCGGCCGGGACUAAAAGGGCAAUCUGGAGAAAAGGGUGCUCCAGGAGAAGCCGGCAUGUCUAUCAUCGGGCCCCGCGGUCCGCCCGGACAGCCUGGAACAAGAGGUUUUCCUGGAUUCCCGGGCCCUAUUGGCUUGGACGGCAAACCGGGUCAUCCUGGACAGAAGGGAGAGACGGGUGCUACAGGUCCCAGGGGACAACCUGGACCCCCAGGACAAAAAGGAGAAAAGGGUCAGUGUGCAGAGUACCCGCACAGGCUGUUGCCUCUCCUCAAUUCAGUGCGGCUGGCUCCACCUCCGGUCAUAAAGAGACGCACUUUCCAGGGUGAACAAGGACAAGCAGGGAUCCAAGGUCCCCCAGGGCCCCCUGGACCACCAGGGCCUGCUGGACCGGCUGGACCUGAAGGAACCCCAGGACGUCCUGGGCCAGUUGGACCCCCUGGCAGAGCAGGAGAACCUGGGAAGCCUGGCAGAGACGGAAAGGGCUUACCUGGGCCUCCUGGACCAAAGGGAGAGGCUGGGAUUCAGGGAUACCCUGGCAGAAAGGGUGAGGUGGGCGAGUCCGGCCUGCCCGGUGCCCGUGGCCUCCCUGGAGCCUCUGGCCCCAAGGGUGAAAAAGGGGACGCUGGCAUAAAGGGGGAGAGAGGCAUGCCAGGGCUGCCAGGAAGACAUGGCUCUAAGGGCGCUCCUGGGAUGGCCGCCGCGGGGAUGAAGGGCGAGCCUGGGACUCCAGGAGAAAAGGGAGAUCCUGGAGUCCCAGGGAGGAUGGGCCCCCCAGGUUUGCCAGGGAAGAGGGGGCAGCGGGGUGAGAAGGGACGAGCUGGUGACCCUGGGCUUCCUGGACUCCCUGGGCCAAAGGGAGAUAAGGGAAUUGCUGAGAAUGCCUUGGUGGGAGCUAAAGGAGAACCUGGCCCUCCAGGUCUGCCUGGACCCCCUGGACCAAAGGGAGAAGCUGGUGACGUUGGCCGGCCUGGUGCUGCAGGGUCACAGGGAGAAAAGGGGGAACGUGGUUCACCAGGAGACCAGGGACCCAUGGGCCCAAGGGGCCCCAAAGGAGAGCCUGGGAAGGAUGAAAUGAUGGACUAUGAUGGGAACAUCAGUGAAGCUCUCCAGGAAAUAAGAACUUUGGCCUUGAUGGGACCCCCAGGACUUCCAGGUGUGGCUGGACCUCCAGGGCCACCAGGACAGAAGGGUGAAAUUGGCUUGCCAGGUCCUCCAGGCCACGAUGGAGAGAAGGGACCACGUGGCAAGCCUGGAGAAAUGGGCCCCCCUGGCCCUCAGGGACUGCCAGGAAAGGAUGGACCCCCAGGAAUAAAGGGAGAGCCAGGCCACGCUGGGGUCAGAGGAGAGAAGGGUGAUAAGGGAGAGCCAGGACAAACAGGCUCACCGGGUCUAGAUGGCCCCACUGGAGAGAAAGGCGAACGAGGUGACCAAGGGAUGCCAGGACCGUCAGGAUUGCCAGGUCCCAUUGGACUUCCAGGACUGACAGGAGAGAAGGGUGAGCCUGGGGAACACGGAGACAAAGGAAAUCCAGGAGAAUCGAUAUCUGGCCCCCCCGGACCCCAAGGCCCUCCUGGACCUCCAGGUCUUCAGGGCGUCCCAGGACCCAAGGGGGAAGCAGGGAUUGAUGGAGUGAAAGGAGAGAAGGGUGCCCAGGGUGAAAAAGGAGACAGAGGGCCACUGGGAUUACCCGGUGCUUCAGGUUUAGACGGCAGGCCUGGACCACCGGGUACUCCAGGACCAAUUGGGGUUGCAGGACCAGCAGGACCAAAAGGAGAAAGGGGCAGUAAAGGAGAUCCUGGAGUUGCAGGACCAAUGGGGCCAGCAGGGCUUCCUGGUUUACAAGGUCUGCCUGGUGACAAGGGAAUCCGGGGGGAGAGGGGCAAGAAAGGCUCUAGAGGGUCUAAAGGGGAUAAGGGAGACCAAGGAGCGCCUGGAUUAGAUGCACCCUGUCCGUUGGGUCUCCGAGGUUUUAAAGGCGAGAAGGGUGAGCCGGGGUUACCUGGGCUGGACGGCCUGGAUGCCCCAUGCCCAUUGGGAGAAGACGGGCUUCCAGUUCAAGGCUGCUGGAAUAAGUGAUGAUUCUAACCCUGGACUGGCCUGUGUGUGUUACUGUACAUAGGAUAUUUAUUUUUAUACAGUGUUCUUCUCCGAAAUGCCAAAAGUUACGCAUUUUUACAAAUUAUCAAAAAGCUGCAUAUUUUUUUGUACAGAAAAUACUAGAUUUUUCCCCCUGUUUGUCAGUUCUCUGUAUGUUUCUACGUCUGCAUUAUGCUUGUUUUGUCAUGGAGUACAGCUGUAAUAUUUACAUGAUACUUGUGCACACAUGAUGAAUAUAGGAACUUAAUAAAUUAUUGCAUUAAAGAUGCCCGAAGGAACUGCCCUGUAUAGAUUUAAAGGUCAUUUUCAUUUUCCAAGCUGGGUCAUUCAAGAAUAUUUCAAAAUAUUAUGUAUUUUUUAUUAAAGUGAAAUAUAAACA